AGCCCAGUGCCCAAGUCGCCCCGGGUGGCAGUUCCCGUUAACCUUAGCCUCAAAGUCAAAGGGGGAGCCGCAGCGCCGUGCUGAUGACGCGGGGCCUCCAGGAUGGAGCGCGGCCCGGCUGGCGCCAGCCCAGGAGAUGGGCUGGUGAUGAACGUCAAGCAAGAGAAGCCAGAGUGGCUGCUGCAGACCCUGGCGCCGCUGGCCGCACUUUCCAAGAAGGACAAGGAAAACAUUUUCCAGCAGCCCCUGGGCCUCCCGCCAUGCCAGACCCUGGGGAAGCCCCGAUCCUUGGGCGGACUGGAGGAGACUGAGAAGGACGCGGGGCUGGCAGGCCCGGUUCCAGGGGCAGCCCCCGGCCCCCUGAGGCCCUCCGUCUCUCCCGGUGAGGGUCAUUUCAUGUGCCUGGACUGCGGGAAGAGGUUCAGCUGGUGGUCGUCCCUGAAGACGCACCGGCGCACCCACACCGGGGAGAAGCCAUACCUGUGUGGCCACUGCGGCAAGAGCUUCAGCCAGAAGCCCAACCUGGCGCGCCACCAGCAGCAGCACACGGGCGAGAGGCCCUUCUGCUGCCCCGAGUGCGCCAGGCGCUUCAGCCAGAAGCAGCACCUGCUCAAACACCAGAAGACGCACUCUCGGCCCGCCACCUUCCCGUGCCCCGAGUGCCAGCGCUGCUUCCGCCACCAGGUGGGCCUCCGCGUCCACCAGCGCGCGCACGCCCGGGACCGCCAGGGCGCCCGCGCCGGGCUCUUCGAGUUGCUCCGGGAAGCUGCGGCCUGCCGGGGCUGUCGCCUGCGGCCGGGGCCGCCGUGGGGGCUCCCGGAGCGGGCCUGGCUGGGGCUCUGCCAAGACUGGUGGCGCCUGGCGGGGGCCCGGCCUGCUGUCCCCGCCGCCGCCGCCACGGGGCCCGGCGAGCAGCGCCAGUUCAUCUGCAGCGAGUGCGGCAAGAGCUUCACGUGGUGGUCGUCGCUGAACAUCCACCGGCGCAUCCACACGGGCGAGCGGCCCUACUCCUGCCCCGAGUGCGGCCGCCGCUUCAGCCAGAAGCCCAACCUCACGCGGCACCUGCGCAACCACACGGGCGAGCGCCCGCACCCCUGCCCGCACUGCGGCCGCAGCUUCCGCCAGAAGCAGCACCUGCUCAAGCACCAGCGUACGCACCUGCCAGGCGCCCGGGGGGCACGCUGCCCCAGCUGCGGCCAGAGCUGCCCCAGCCGUGCGGCGCUGCGGGCCCACCAGCGCGCGCACGCCGGCGCCACCACUGCCCAGCUGCGGCGCCCCGGGUGCUCCGAGCCGCGCGCCCAGGCCCCGCCGCGCCGGUCGGCGCCACCGCGCAGCCCCCCGGCGGCCGGGGGAUGCGGGGACGUGCGGUGGGGCGGCGCGCGGGAGAGCCUGGGGGGGCCGGGGGAGCAGCGGCAGUUCAUCUGCAGCGAGUGCGGCAAGAGCUUCUCCUGGUGGUCGGCGCUCACCAUCCACCGGCGCAUCCACACGGGCGAGCGGCCCUACUCCUGCCCCGAGUGCGGCCGCCGCUUCAGCCAGAAGCCCAACCUCACGCGGCACCGGCGCAACCACACGGGCGAGCGGCCCUACCUGUGCGCCGCCUGCGGCCGCGGCUUCAGCCAGAAGCAGCACCUGCUCAAGCACCAGCGCGUGCACCUGGGAGCCCUGGCGCCCGCCUCCAGCGUCAAGGGAGAGGCGCUGUAGUGCCCCUGGACGGACCCAAGCGGAUCGCGGGGGGGUGUUUGCGGGCUGCCUGUGGGGAAUGGCCCGAAUGGUGGCUGUUAGAACCCUAGGGGUAAGACCCUGUCAAAAGGCUCUGAGGGCCGGAGAACAGAAUUCCAGAAGGAUCCCAAAGUGGGACCACAAAAGGUCCAGUAGGCUGAGGGAGGAGGUGGGAUCAGACAUUCCUCACCCUGGAGCCCGGAUGUGUCCGGAUGCAUCCAGCUGAAUACUUCCUCCCCGGGCACCCAGGCACCGGGUGAGGGCCUGUGGGGCUCUGGGGGAGGCUCCCUGGUGUGAAGCGGCCUGCACAGCUCAGCUGUAGCACGGGCCUGUCGCACUCGGGCUGCACUUUAGGAUGGCCAGGGCCUGUUCAGUGCGAGUCCACAGACCGAGCGAUACCAAGGCUCAAAGCGAGAAGUUUGGCUAGUGAGGGGCGAGCAUAUUCCCAGCGCCAAGAGCAGAGCCCAGAACUUAAUGGCCAUUCAAUACAUAGUCUGGGCAGGAGUGAGUGAUUCUGUGGUCCUUCUCAACCUCGAGUGCCCCACUGUGCAGGGAGCUGUUAAUGCUGGCCUGACCCUAGGACUGGUAUGUGAUGGUCAGGGGCUGGGGCACAAAGGGGGUGGUCUCAGCUGAGGUUUGGUGGCUCAGGGAGGUUCCUGCAGCAGGGAAGAGCCAAAUGUGCUGGUCCUGCUCCAGGACCGGCUGCCUGAUG